AUGCUUCCCCAAGUGCUGCUUCACCAUGGUCUGUUUCCAACUGCUCCCUCACAGCCUCAUAUGGCUGUCUCCGUCGAACUACUAUCAUUCUAUCAGGCACUUUUCGAACGGUCUUGUGAUGCCAUCAAUGCCUUGGCGUCGGCUCUCAAAACUCACUACUCUCGCAGAGGCCUGGGCUAUGCCAUACAGUGGUAUGACAUUCUUCAAGUCCAAAUAGAACAUCGAGUUGAAGAAGCUGUGCAGAAUAGCCGUAACCGGGUGGCGACCCUUCAUUCUCAAACAGAGGAUUACACCUCAACUUUGUCUACCCUACAUAGAGGUCGGUGUGCACCCAUACUUAUUCAACGGUGUCCUGCAUGUUUUGCUGGGACGAUGUUUGGGAAACCUACUGCUGAAGGAGGAGAUAUUCACACUGCCACAGAUGGCAACUUCCACCACCGCCAUCGGCGCGCAGCAGGGGAUUGCCCCCACUUCUAUGACCCCACUUAUUUCCUUCCCAAAGAGUACAUCGAUCACAUUGGCCACCACAUAGAGGCUCAAUGUAAGAGGCCUGCCAAGUCACCUGUACUCCUUGUUCCCGAUGAGGCUAUUGACCAAUGUGAAACAGCAUGUGAAGCAGCUGAUGGGAAAAAACAGAAGGUGGCAAUGGAUAGCUUUGAUGAUACUGGCAUCAUGGCACUCAUAUGCCGUCACGACAUUUCUCUGUUUUUUGCUAAUAUUGACUCUCCAGGAGAACAGCAAAAAUAUUCUGUGGCCCUCCUGGAACAUUUGUUCUUGUUGAUCCCACCUCAUGCCACAGUUGUAGCUUUGUAUGAUGUCGGGUGUGUCCUUGCCCGAUCCCUUAGCAAGUACAACAUUCUCCCUAGCAGUAUUGUCUCACAUUUGCGCUUAGCAACCACUGCCAUGCAUGCAUACGGGCAUGAGUGGGCAUGCCAGCUAGUGGACAACCCAUGGAUGUGCAUUGGGCUUGGUCUUUCAGAUGGAGAAGGAACCAAGAGGCUCUGGUCUCGCUUCGUACGCCUAAUCGGUGUUGAAAGGUCAUCAUUGGCUGCAGCUAUAGGAUCCGAAAUGCAAUCUGACUUGGGUGAUUGGAUACAACGACACCUAAAGUGUGGUAUUAACGACCAAGGAACUGCUGCUCAAGAGGUUCUGGAUCAGUGUGAACUUUCCAUCAAGGAUCUUGAGUCAGAAUGGUCCCAACAACGAAGUUCACAGCUCUCAGUCUGUGCAUGUAAGUGUUUUCAGUUGAUUUUGAAUACACUAUGA